UAAUGAAAGUGAUGAAUAUGAUGAUUAUUGUGUUGGUGAUGGAGAAAGUGUUAAAGGAGCACCGAGAAAAUACAACCGAGAUAUUAGAGAACUAGAAAUUUUAAUUCAAUCAGUUAAUUCUAUUGAACCUUUUAAAAUUGAAUUUCAAGAAUUAGAUUAUUUUUUAUUUGGUAAAUCAAGUUCCACUGUUUGGUUAAAACCUAAAACUGAACCAAAUGUGGAGAAGAAGGAAAAGGAAUCAAAUUUUGGAUUUCAAGAAUUUGAUGAUCUGAUAAAGGUUGGAAGUAAAGGAUUCGAACCACAUUUAUCAUUAGCACAAGAAGCCAUUAAAAAAUUUUCCAAAAUUUUCUCAAAUGAACCAAUCAAAUUUGAAUUAAAAGAAAUUUAUUGGAUUACACGUGAAGGUUAUAAUGAUCCAUUUAAGAUUUUUGCAAAGAUUGGGUUGGGUAAAGAUGGAAUUGCU